AAAUCUUGGACCUUGAUUUUUAAAGGUCUAGUAUAAUCUCAAAUUAUUUUUAAUUCUCUUAGUAGAUGGAAGAUGAAGACACCCCUUUACAUGGAGCAGUAAGAUUCGGUGCCAUUGAUGAGGUAAAACAGUGCCUGGAACUUGGAGAUGACCCCAACACAAAUGGGUUUUACCGUUGGUCCUCCUUGCACGAAGCAGUGAACAUUGAUGAACCAGAGAUCUUGAAGAUGCUGUUGCAAAAUGGUGGAGACCCUAACAUUCCAGAUAACUGUAACGGAAGUACGCCUGUUCAUAUGGCUGCUAAACUGGGAUAUGCAGAAUGUCUGUCUCUGAUGGUGGAGCACGGAGGUGACGUGAACCAUCAAAACAGGGAUGGAAAAACACCACAAGACAUUGCUUCUGGUCCUUGUAUUCCACUAAUGGUCACACUAGAGCAAGAAAGGGUAACCAGCAGCAGUAGUAUCUCGUCCCGCUACAAGGUCUUAGAGCAAGGAGAGAGGAGAAGACACGACCAGCUCCUCUCCUUAACUAGACCCGUCACUAAAGCCUCUAGUUCGACAGACAUAUCAGACAAGCCUCAAUUGACGAGACCGCCAAGUACGCUAUCAGUACGCUCAAUGACAAGUGUACGCAGCACUGAGUCGAUCCUCACUACUCGCAGUUCACCUGUACGCGGACCUACUGCUCAGCGCACCACUAGAAAACCCGUGGGGGCUAACACAUCAUAUGUAAACAAAGCACCCGGGAUAAGACUGUCAGUAGAAUACAGUGAGGACACGAGCUUGUUAAAGAUAAGGGUGUGGUCAGUACAGUAUGUCACAAUACCGGGCAGCAUCGCUACCAGCAACUCAACCACUCAUGUUCGGUGUUGUGUGUUUCCUGGAACUAAAAUAUGGAGUAAAACUGAAGAUAUUCCCAUCGAAAAAUAUCUUCCAAGCAAAGAUGCUGAAAGUGGUGUUCAGAGUAAAGGUACGAACUUUGACCAGCCUCUGACGCUGCAGUCCGUUCCCAUGGACAGAAAGAUGACCUUCAAAUCAAUCUCAGAAAGUGAGUUGGGAGAUAAAAACCUGGAGAUUGUCCUCUGCUGUAAAACGCCCACUAAAAUAUCAAGCAAAGUUCAUCACAUGGCCAAACUCUUCCUCAAGUGUGACGAAGCAGUGAACGUUGUCAUGCCAAAAUGGUUCCUGAUGACAAGCUGCUCCUUCGAGAAGUCCUACCCCUCCACACAACGCGUUACAUCACGUGACGUCAUCACACCACGCGCUACACCACAUGACGUCAUCACACCACGCGCUACACCACAUGACGUCAUCACACCACGCGCUGUAGCGACCUCACAUCAGAACGUGACGUCACGUGAUAGUUCCAGCUCAAAAUCACGUGAUUCAACCCCUGACCUUCAGUUCUACAAUCCGGUAUUUGAAACACGACCUGCUUCAGCCGGAAGUGGUAGGCAGGAUCCGCCUCUCCUUAGCUCUCCCUCCUUAGUGUCCACCUCCAGCAGUGUUGUGUCUGUUUGUAACAUUAAAAUCACAGAACCAAUCAACUCUUCAGCACCUCCAAUUAACAAAAUAUCCUCCUCAAUUCCCAUGAAGAAUCCCUUCAGAAAGGACAGACAUGAUCGAAAUCACGCGAAAGCUGUGACGUCACGUAACUGCAUGACGUCACGCGAUAAAAACUUCGAAACUAGACUUGAAAUGGGGGAACUUGAUUCAAAGAGCAAGGUUUUAGUUACUGAUAAGAUAGAUAAGACUAGCAGGUCAAACUCGAAGUCGAAUGGAUUUAUGAAAGAAACCGUGUGAUAUUUUUGUACUGAAAAUAUCUCAAUUCUCGGUCAAUUAUUAACCAUGAAAUUAUUAUUAUGUGGAUUAUUUUCGA